GGUGAGGCUGUAUAAUCAACAAUAUCAGAAAAUUAGAAGAGUUUUCGAAUGAGUUCAAUAUCAAAAAGUAAGAAACAGGAGGGAGAUGAAUAUUACCAUGAUCAACUCGGUUUCAACAGAUGUAUAUAAUCAACUUGGCUUGUACACUCCAGCUAUCGACGUUUGGAGCAUUGGCUGCAUCUUUGCAGAGGUACUAACAUGGAAGCCAUUGUUUCCGGGAAAAAGUGUUGUCCAUCAGUUGGAGUUGAUUACUGAUCUUCUUGGCACACCAAAAUCAGAUGCAAUUUCUGGAGUUCGUAAUGAUAAAGCUAGAAAAUACUUGACUGAAAUGAGGAAGAAAAAUCAUGUCACCUUCUCGCAAAAAUUCUCUAAAGCAGAUCCAUUAGCACUCCGUCUUUUGCAGAGGCUGUUGGCUUUCGAUCGACCGACUCCUACAGAGAUUCGAAGCCGUGACAAGGGCCACAAAACAAGAGUUGAAAUCACCUGCAGAAAAAGAGAUAAGGAAUAAGAUAAAUUUGAUAGCGAUUCAAAGACAAAACUUGGGAGACUCAAACAAGAGUAAUACGAAGAGAAGCUUACCCAACCAGGCGUAAGAAUUGGUUUGCAAGCUGGAAGCUCCUGCUGUGUAAAUUUCGAAUAUGAAGAUCAAUCAACUUUUAGCUAUAGCAUUCUCGAUUCCUAGCUAAGACUUCCAAUCGAUUUUGUGGCGUCGAAAUUUUCAAUCGAUUUUGUGUCUCCGUCGGCGACACAAGAGGAAAAGAG